AUGCCUCAAAUAUUGGGCCAGAAUUCUGCUUCUGAAAAGCCGCUCAGCAUUACACCGACGCGACUAUCUAGACGUACAGCUUCUGAACUCUCUUCGCAUUCGUCCGUGCAAAUUCUCCACACCAAGGAACCUCCUUUGUUUGAACCAUCAAAAAAACGUCCACGAAACUCCUCAAGCACUCCUGCGGCAGGACAGCGAAAAAGCGUGACUGUGGUGCUCAAGGCUCCUGAUACGGAAGAAUUUCGCACAACAAAUCUUCCUGUUGCGUCACCGACCACUGAUUAUUCUUCGAAACCUCCCAUUAUGGUUGCUCAGCCCCUACCACAGGAGGCUACGCCCAAAGACAAGGUUAUUGCUGUUAUCGAUUUUCUUCGUGAGCGUCGUAGACGCCCUGAUGAAAAGGUCGUAAUUCUUUACUCGGAAAGAAUGUAUCAAGUGGCCCCAUGCGACGCGAAGGCAGCUCUUCAGUCUCUCGUAAAAGAAGGUCGCUUGUUCAGCGUGAAAUAUCCAAGUGGAAUAUCGUACCGGUAUCAUAUGUCCGCCGUUGCCCGCGGUGAUACUGUCACACAACAGUCAAACAAAAUUAAGGCUAAGUACGCCGCCACAACAACAAAGUCAAGCGGACAAAACAAUCCAGCGAAAUCGAGUCAAAGUCGUAGUUACUCAACGCCAACGUCAGGGCUCGGGAUUGGAGACACUUUCACCAGAGCGGAGAUGAACACGCUCAAGUCCUUUCUUCGAUUAAUAUCUCCAGAUAAUGGCGUUGUUCGCCCCUCUCAUGUAACAUCUGGUGAUGGCAACAAAAUUGUAGACAAGAUUAGAAGUUUACUUCCUCGUGAUGAGCUUGGAGACGCCAUGUUGUCUAAACCUGGACUUUCUGUGUACGUCUUGCCCCCACCGACCCCAAUUAGUCUGGAAACUAUUGAGAAAGCUCUGAAAUCUCUUCCCCACUUAGUAUUGGUUCUCAGCGAACUAACCGACGCGCUGCAGCAGGCAGUCGAAGAUGAACCGAUCCGCGUGGUUGCCAUCUCCGGCGUUGGGCGCGUUUUCUCUUCGGGGGUCGAUCUUCCUUCUCUUUGCGCUACUGCUGACUCCUGUUUUGUCGACUGUAUGGUGGAACGUCUCCGCGCCUUCCUUCUCGAGGUUUCUGCUUUCCCGAAGGUCCUCUUGGCUGGAGUUAACGGUCCCGCUGAGGGUUUGGGUACGGCGAUCCUACCCCUCUUCGAUCUGGUUUACGCCAGCGACACUGCCACCUUUCACACUGCCUACUCAACCUUGGGUCAGGUGCCUGAGGGCGGAGCCUGUUUAACCCUCACCAGCAGGGUGGGUGCCCCGCUGGCAAACGAUCUUAUUCUCGCCGGGCGAAGACUUUCAGCGCGUGAGGCACUUCAACGUGGCCUACUCUCAGAUUUGCUUUUCCCAAAGAAUUUCCCCCAGGAGCUGUCACUGCGUUGUGCUAGGAUUGCAUCACAAUCGGCCAUGGCGCUAGAAACGACCAAAUGCCUUCUACGAAUGCACGACCGAGAACGCGUUGAGUUCGUGAUCAACACAGAGUGUCGAAAGCUGGCCGAAAUCUGGAGGACUGCCGAGUUCCGAGCAUCUGCCGCCAAUUACACCCAACACUGUAUGAAUGAUUUCUUAUGA